GACAUCUUUUGGCGGAACUUACCAGUAGCUGACCCGCUAGAAGUCAUCUUGGUCGUCAAGUUUGACUAGACAGCGAACGAAUACGGCAGGAUUCCGCCGUUACUGGCCGCAUAAACAACGUAUCACUCAACGUCAAUUACGUGUAGUACGUUUACGGAGUUAUCCCUGCCUUCAGCAACUUGCAGUUGUCUUUUUUCCUCUGGCGAAGCCCCUCGCGGACGAAGUGGAAAACUCACUCGGGAAACAAAAGUCUAACGAAAUUUUGCUGGCUCUCCUCAGCCGAUUCUGUUUAUUCUAGUGAAUAUGGCGGCGCCCUCAGCAACUAGUUUGCCUCAGCCAGUUCCGAUCGUCAGUGAUAAGAAACGAAAAAAAGCAUUAAAAAAUAUAAAAAAGAAAAAAGUUGACCGAAAUAUUCUUACUAAACCGGAUGAUGAUUACUGGCCUGUCAUUAAUGAGGAGGAGAAUGCUCGUUUGCAUGAAGCUUUUCAAAGGUUAUUAGAUAAUGAACAGAAUCUUGACAAUAUGAAGUUAGUACAAAAAGAAUUAAUGAUCCUGAAAAGAAAAAAAUGGUUAGAAUAUCUGGUAUUUGGAAUAAAUGAUGUUCCAAGGAGUGUGAUAAAGGGGUCAGUAGCUGCUGUGCUUAUUGCUGAUGACAUAACACCUAGGCACUUAGUGCAACAUGUAGCGACUCUGUGUGGAACAGCUGCAGUUCCCAUCUUGAUUGUGUCAUCCUUUCGACAAUAUACCAAACAGCUCUUAGGUUUCUCUUCUAUCGCUGUUGGAAUCCGAAAGCACGUUGGGGAAUCAGAAGACAACAAAUUUUAUGAGAUUCUAAAACUCGUCAUAGAAAUAUCAGAGAAUUAUAAACCACCUUCGUCAAUAACACAAUUCAGGAAAGCUGCACUUGAAAAGAGAAAGGAGAUUAAAAAUACUGUUUCUCCCGAGAAGACACCUGCAGUUGCAGUGAAGAAAUCUACACCAUCAACCGAUUUGUACUUGUACAGGACUUCUCACGCGAGCAGGGUUUUUGUACCAGAAUCCCAGAAGGUAGAAAGUAGUAGUCCAAAGAUUGUUCAGAAACCAAAAAUGGAGGAUUUUAUGUCUCUUGGAGAUAUUGACUGGGAUAUGGAUCUGGAAACAGACACUCCUCUUCAAGGAAUCAGUUACACAAUGGUCAAUCCGAAAAAGAAACCCAAACUAGAGCCAAUAACUCCGUCCUAUCAGCCCCUGAAAUAUGUGAAAGUGAAACCAAAUCCAAACAAGAAGUCCCAUUAGUUUCAUGCAGAAGACCUACCAGAGACAAGUAACUUAAACUUUCAAAGUUUUUAAAAUUGCAAUUUACAACAUAAUUGAGUACCAGACACAUCAUGGAAGUUUCCUUUAACAGUAGCUUAAAGGCCAUGUUGAAAAUAUGUUUAACUUUUACUAUGGUUAAAUUGCUGCCGAUUUUAUAAUUUCAAAUUGUUUUCAUGUUGUUCUGCAAAAAAGUGAGUUAGUGAUAUCAAGUUACUGGUAAUUGAUCUUGAGUCAUUACUCUUCGUGCCACAUGGAGCUUUAGCAUUUUAACUUUGCAAAAAUUACACACAGACUUUUAAUUCUGAAUUGUCUGUGUAUGUUCAUGAAGAUUUUGGCCAAAACUUUCAUGUUGAGUUAUAUUGAUUACUGCAGUCUUCUGUCCAUUUAUUUCACCUAUUUUCUUGCAGUUCCUUGUUAUUCUACUAAAAUAAAACCAAAUGUAAACUGAAUAUGGAAAGGUGUUUGUUAAUGAAGCACAUAUGAAAUUGUUAAUAUGCAAAUAAUUACAAUUUAUUGAGAUGUGCCAACAAAUACUGUCCAUUUGUUUGUGCAAAAGUACAGGAUAAAGAGUAAAUAUAUAUAUUGUAUUUGAAAAAGUGUUUAAAACAAUCUAUAUCUUGUUACUUUGUUAGAAAAGUUAUAAAACAAUAAAGAGAAAUCAUGUACUGAAGAUCAGUUUAUUCGUUCAUUUUUAGUGAGUAAAUAAAAAAUAUGUUUCGAAAUUUAUACUUGAACUUUUAACAUUAGUAGCAUCAGAGAGGAAUAUUUUUAAGCUGGUACAGUAUGCACAGUGACACUUCCAUUUGAACACUGACAGGCAUCUCAUUAGACUUCAUUUUAGGCUUGCUAGUGUGAGGAGAAAAUUGAAUUUUUUUUAAGACUAUUAUUUGAAACUGUCAAGUAUUUCUAUUUGUUAAGAAAACAUAUUUUAUCUGUUAACACCAGACUUUGCAAUGGUAAGCCCAUCAUAAUUUUUGGUCACUGAAUAAAAAAUGAUAGUAUGUAAAAAUAUCAUUCUAUUCCCAAUGAAUCCAUUGUUAGAUAUAUUGGCCAUUCUUGUCGCUCAAAACAACCUAGGAAUA